AUCCCCAUUGCGGGGGGAAAUAAGAUUCACUACGGUGCAUGCAAGUCGUACGCAGUACAUGGGAGUACAUGAUUGUAUACGCUUCGAACGCAGUACCGGUACCUCAAAACUUUCCUGAUCUCUCGCUUUCGCUUUUCCCGGAUCUGAUUUGAACGCAAUCGGAAACUCAUUACUGCAUUAUAUCAUAAUUUCAUUACCUGGUGAUUUAUGUUGACAAGGAGAAUUAACGCCGCUAACCAUCAGACAACUGUUGGAAGUACAUAAGUGUUAAGCCAGGGGAGUUGCAUACAUUCACCAUGUGUAAACCAUGCUGCCGCUGCUGUAGCUUCGACUCGCUCGGAUGCAGACUCCGGUCGCUCAAGGUCUUCGGAGCCCUCCUCUUCCUCUUCGGGACCGUGUUUGCCCUCGCUGGCAUCGCUAUCGGAUUCCUCUCCGACCUCUACUUCGAUGUCAUCUCCCUCCCCGAUGUCUUCACCGAGUACAUCCUGUAUGCUUACCUGGUGGUCACCACCGGGAUCGUGGCACUGGGAACAGGAUUAGCUGCUAUAUACAUCGCUAAAACGAUGAGUGAUGACGACUGCAGUACACGCGGUCUCGCCAUCUUGGCACUCCUCACCAUCGUCUGCUCAAUGGCUACAGUAGGAGUCCCAGCGUGGCCGCUCUACGAAGGCGGUUAUUUCCUUGAGAUCCCGGCAGCGCAGACAUCCAUGAAUAUGACCACUUCUAUCGCCGUGACUGCAACUCCAUUGCCAGUGACAGAUGCCCAGAGCGCUGAUGGUUCCAAUAUGACGUCAUCAAACAUGACGUCAUCAGCAAAUGAAACCACAUCAACAAACGCAACCGCCAGCAGUAACUCUACAUCCAAUGGGACAAUGGACGCUGGUGGUUCCAAUAUGACGUCAUCAAACAUGACGUCAUCAGCUAAUGAAACCACAUCAACAAACGCAACCGCCAGCAGUAACUCUACAUCAAAUGGGACAAUGGACGCUGGUGGUUCCAAUAUGACGUCAUCAAACAUGACGUCAUCAGCUAAUGAAACCACAUCAACAAACGCAACUGCCAGCAGUAACUCUACAUCCAAUGAGACAAUGGACGCAGGUGGUGCCAAUAUGACGUCAUCAAACAUGACGUCAUCAGCUAAUGAAACCACAUCAACAAACGCAACCGCCAGCAGUAACUCUACAUCCAAUGAGACAAUGGACGCAGGUGGUGCCAAUAUGACGUCAUCAAACAUGACUUCAGACAAUAGCACGGAUGCCGUAUCUACUACCCCCGAUGGCAACAGUACAGUUAACACGAGCGACUCGACAUCAAUUAUGACUACAGGGUACUAUACAACUGGGAAUUCAACUGGGAAUGCGACUGUCUAUGCUCCCACGCGGGAACCGAUAGAUUACGAUGAAUGGUUAUUAAUUAUGGCUCCUUUCGGGAUAAUUAGUAUCUUCGCCUUCAUUUUCAUCUUUUUCUGCCUCUUCAUAUUCUGUAUAGCGUGCUGUUGUCCGGAGAGAUCAGAGAUCGUAGAUGACAGGGAUUUGUACAAGAGUUAAACUUGCCGGCGUCGACUUCGAGAAAAAUGAGUGCGACAUCGGGAGUCUAUAUAGAUGAAACGGCUGGUAGCAACGGUUGGUUUGUCGUGUCUGUAUAUACGAUCCUAAACAGCAAGUGAAAAUGCCAUCAUAUCGUUUGUUUGUAGUUGUUGUUGCCCUAUAUUAUCCAGUUUUGUUGGUGUGUGUUUUGGGGAACUUUAAUUACCUUUUUAAUUCCAAUGCAAUAACAGUCUGUUUUAAAUAAAUCCAAAGCGUGAUUUGCAUACAAUAUGACCGCAAAGA